AUGAGUAGACCAAUCAAGAUUGUGACUACUAGGCAACCACAAGCUGUAUAUAUAAAACCGAGAGAUGUUUACGAAAAUAAUGAUGAUGGAUAUGAUUAUCAGGGUGAUAGAUUAUCAACGCAUCGAAGUGUGAAUUCUUCAUCUGAUAUUGAAUUGGUUCGAACACAAGAUCUUCAUCAUCGAGAGUCGAAAGGAAAUAAUAUAUCUUCUUCAUAUACAUCGGUGAACGGUUUAUUUAUUGCUGUUGGUAUUCUAUUACUUUUACUCAUUAUCAUUAUUUUACCAAGUGUUCUUGGUGUAUUUUUGACGCGAAAUCCAAUAGUGUCAAAUAAUUCAACAACAACAACUGCUGCUACUACAGUUUAUACAGCUUAUUGGAGUUUUGAUAAUGAUGCAAAUGACUUAUAUGGAACUUAUAAUGGUACUGUUGUGAAUGGUGCAACAUUUUCAAACACUACUUAUUUUGGUUAUGGUUAUAAUUUAGCAUUAAAUGAUUCAUCUAUUCAAUCUGUUACUAUUACAUAUCCAUUUUUCAAUUUAUCUUAUACAAGUUUUACUUUUGAAGCAUGGAUUUAUGGUAACACACUAACAGGUGAUAGAUCCAUAUUUUCUCAAUGUCAAUGUAGUUCAUGCCAAAGUCAAUGUCUUUAUUUAAUUAUUCGAAAUUAUAAAAUGUAUAUGGGUUUUAUGUUAAAUGAUCUUGUUGGUUCAACAUCAGUAUCGACUAAUACAUGGUAUCAUGUUGCAUAUGUUUAUGAUUAUGCAAGUCGAACACAAUCAAUUUAUUUACAAGGUAUUCUUGAUGGUACAAAAACAUCAGCUGGCCCUUAUCAAGGUCAAAAUGGAUCAAUAAAUAUAGGAACAUCAUAUUUAUCUUCUAGUUCAUUUUAUGGUUAUAUUGAUAAUAUGAAAUUAACAACAAGAGCAAAAUCAGCUAGUGAAAUUCUUACUGAUGCUUCAUUAGUUGUUUAUUUUUCAUUUGAUGGUUCAACAUUAACACAAGAUAUGGGACCAAAUCAAAUGAAUGGUUCAAUAUCAAAUGCUGUCGCAGUUACUGGAAAAGUUGGUCAAGGUUUAGCUUUUAGUGGAUUAUCAUCUUAUCUGCAAAUAUAUGGAUUUUAUCAAUUGGGUCGAUCGUCACAAUCAUUUUCAUUUGCUCUAUGGAUUUAUCCAUAUUCAGUUACAGGUGGAACAUUGAUUCAUAAAUCAACAGCACAAUAUACUAGUGGUACAUGGUGUCAAGAUAUGAUGGGAUUAACAUAUGCUGGUCAAAUUGCUUUUUAUACAAAUGGAGGUGGUCGACAAAUUACUGGUCCAUUUAUAUCUAUUAAUCAGUGGACUCAUAUUGUUUAUACAUAUAGUAAUACUGAUGGUCAGAUAAUGUAUAUUAAUGGUAUACAAUAUGCUGCAACAGGAUCAAUGAGUUUUUCGUCAAGUGGCGUGAUUGAUUGGUUAACAAUCGGUCAUAAUAUUGUUGGAUGUUCACCAAGCCCUAUCUAUGGUGUUCCAUUUUUCGGAAUUAUUGAUGAGUUUUAUGUAUUUCGACGAGAAUUAUCUGCCACUGAUGUUUACACUCUAGCUAACCCAUAA